UAAAAACCCCCCGAAUGUAAGUCAAGCAAACAAUAUCGGAUCAAAAUUAAUUAAACAUCAAAUUAAUAAACCCUCUGAAAAAAGCUCCUUUUGAGUGGAAUUAAUCGCCAUGGAGCUCAUCACUUUCGUAGCUUGUUUCCUUCUCUUCUUGAUCAUGGCAGCCAAAUCCAUGAGAAAACCUAAAAAUCUCCCUCCAGGGCCAAGGCCAUUACCAAUCAUCGGAAACCUUCAUCAGGUCCAUGGCGCUUUGCCACAUCGAAUUCUUCGAGAUUUCGCCAAAAAAUAUGGCCCUUUGAUGUACCUAAAACUCGGUGAAGUCCCGACGGUGGUAGUUUCUUCCCCGGAGAUGGCGAAAUUGGUGAUGAUGGAUCACGACAUCGUCUUCGCUAGCCGGCCUUACCUCCUCUUCGGCGACAUUCUCAACUACAACUGCCAAGAUAUCGCCUUUUCGCCCUACUCGGAUUCAUGGAGACAGCUCCGGAAGAUUUGCAACAUGGAGCUUCUAAGUUCCAAGCGUGUCGGAACACUUCGACCCAUCCGAGAAGAAGAAGUGAUGAACGUGAUGAAAACGGUGGCUUCCCGGAUUGGUGAAACCAUCAAUUUGACCAAAAUGAUUUAUUCGGAGACCUACAGUGUAAUUGCGAGGUCGGCUUUUGGUAAGAAAACCAAAUACCAUGAUGAGUAUAUUGCAUUGAUGGAAGAAGUGAUUAAGUUGAUGGGAGGACUUAGCAUUGUGGAUUUGUACCCAUCUGUGAAAAUACUUGAAAGAAUCACUGGGCUUAGGAGCAAACUUGAGGCCAUCCAAAAGAAGGUAGACGAAGUGCUUGAAAGCGUGAUUAACGAGCAUAAGCUUAGAAGGGCUCAGCCUAAACAAGAUGGAGUUGAAGAAGAGAAAGAGGAUCUUGUUGAUGUCCUUCUCAACGUCCAAAACUCACAAGAAUUCCGAGGAACACUAACCAGCAACAACAUCAAAGGUGCAAUUUAUGAUGUGUUUAGUGCUGGAGGAGAAACAUCAUCGAAAACCUCAAUUUGGGCACUAUGCGAAAUGAUCAAAAACCCAACGUUACUACAAAGAGCACAAGAGGAAGUGAGAAGAGUCUACGGUCCAAAAGGAAACGUGGACGAGUCCCAACUCCAUGAACUCAAAUUCCUCCGGGCAGUCAUCAAAGAAGCGCUCCGGUUCCGGCCAUCCGCGCCGCUGACUCUCCCCAGAGAAAGCAGAGAAGACUGCGAGAUCGGCGGUUACUUCAUUCCGGCCAAGACCCGGGUCAUCGUCAACGCUUUUGCUGUUUGCAGGGACCCGAACCACUGGGUCGAACCGGACGUGUUCAACCCAGACCGGUUUCUGGAAUCGAAUAUUGAUUUUCAGGGGAAGGACUUCUCUUACAUCCCGUUUGGCGCCGGACGCCGGAUUUGUCCCGGAAUUGCUUUUGCUUUGCCUAAUAUGGAGUUGCCACUUGCGCACUUGUUGUUCCAUUUCGACUGGAAGCUCCCCGGAGAAAUGGGGCCUCAAGACCUGAACCUGACUGAGGUUUUUGGGCUGACGGUUGGGCCGAAAGAGGAUUUAUGCCUGGUUCCAACUAGUAUUUACCACAAGUCCAUCUUGGCCUAAUUAUUAGGAAAGUCGAAGUUGUCAAGUUUGAAUGUGAUGUAAGAAGAAUAAAUUGGGUAGAUUUGAAAAAGAAGUGUUAUACUCCCUCCUCCCUUCGCUCCUUAUUAUAAGGUAUUUUGAUUUUGUCUUAAAUUUUACUUUGGAUAUGUUUUAAUUUUUUUAAAAAAUUUCAAAAUAUAUUUUCA